AUGCCCGUGUUCUACAGUUCGGUGCGACUUUUCAAAACGUCGCCGAUGACGCAGAUUGUUUCCAUGCGCUUUACCUGGUCAGGGUCGCGGUGGGUGCAGUUCACUGUGGAAAGUUCAGGAACCUUCAAGAAAGUUCAGGAACAUUCAGGAACCUUCAGGGACAUUCAGGAACCUUCAGGAAAGUUCAAGAAAGUUCAGGAACAUUCAGGAACCUUCAGGGACAUUCAGGAACCUUCAGGAAAGUUCAGGAACAUUCAGGAACCUUCAGGGACAUUCAGGAACCUUCAGGAAAGUUCAGGAACGUUCAGGAACGUGGAGUGUGACGACGUCCUGACGAAGGAGGAACAGAUCUACCUGCUGGUCAGCGCCAAGAGGAAGUGUGAGAGGUCCAUCAAGCCCCGACACAAGAUAUCUGAGGGAUACUGUGUACCUGAGUGGGAUGGCUUCGUGUGUUGGCCUGAAGGAGCUCCGGGCAGGAUGGUGUCCACUUCCUGUCCAGAUUACAUCUACGACUUCAACCACAAAGGUUACGCCUACAGGAAGUGUGACACUAACGGGAGUUGGGAACUCGCCUCCAGUAAUAAAACCUGGGCCAAUUACAGCGAGUGCGCCAAGUUCCUCACCCCCUACAACCAGAACCAGGAGAGGGAAGUGUUUGAUCGUCUGUACCUCAUCUACACCGUGGGUUACUCCGUAUCUCUCGGCUCCCUCAUGGUGGCCGUGGCCAUUCUGGGAUAUUUCAGGCGUCUCCACUGCACCAGGAACUUCAUCCACAUGCACCUGUUCGUCUCCUUCAUGUUACGAGCGAUCAGCAUCUUCGUCAAGGACGUGGUUUUGUACUCCGAAUCCCACCUGGACGAGUCUCAGCGAAUCACCGUCGAGGAUCUGAAGUCCAUCACGGAGAUCCCGCCCACCGAGAAAAGCAAGUUUGUGGGCUGUAAGAUUGCCGUCACGCUCUUCCUGUAUUUCUUGGCGACUAAUUACUACUGGAUCCUGGUGGAGGGACUUUAUCUGCACAGCCUCAUCUUCAUGACCUUCUUUUCUGACAGGAAGUACCUCUGGGGCUUCACUCUGAUUGGCUGGGGUGUACCAGCCAUGUUUGUGACUGUCUGGGCGAGUGUUCGAGCCACCCUCGCUGAUACUGAGUGUUGGGAUCUCAGUGCUGGUAAUCUGAAGUGGAUCGUACAGAUUCCCAUCCUCACAGCUAUCGUGGUGAACUUUCUGCUGUUUUUGAAUAUAAUUCGUGUUUUGGCCACUAAGCUGAGGGAGAGUAAUGCCGGCAGGUGUGAUAGCCGACAGCAGUACAGGAAGUUGUUGAAGUCCACGCUGGUGUUGAUGCCGCUGUUCGGUGUUCAUUACAUCGUGUUCAUGGCGAUGCCGUACACAGACGUGUCUGGGGUUCCCUGGCAGAUCCAGAUGCACUACGAGAUGCUCUUCAACUCCUUCCAGGGUUUCUUCGUGGCCAUCAUCUACUGCUUCUGCAACGGAGAGGUCCAGACGGAGAUCAAGAAGUCGUGGAGCCGGCGGACGCUAGCGCUGGACUUCAAGCGAAAGGCUCGUAGCGGCAGCAACACCUACAGCUACGGCCCCAUGGUCUCGCACAGCAGCGUCACCAACGUCACCUCGCGGCAGCGCGACGCUAGCACGCGCCUCCCCUCCGCCAACGCCAGCGUCAACGGGCACCGGAACAUCCCGGGCUACGUGAAGAACGGCUCGCUGUCGGAUCAGUCGGCGCCGUCGUCGGCUCACGAGCUCCACGUCCAGGACGACGAGCUUAGCAAGAGCGCGGCGGAGGACAAACCCGCGCCAUUGGUCGAGGAGGAGCGCGAGACGGUCAUGUGA